CCGCGGGGCUCGGGGGGUUUGGGCCUGUCCCCGCCCCGGAGGCGAGGACGAGGCAUGGCCGGGUGGCUCCUGCGCCCUUCCCGGAGCGCCACGUUUUACAUAAAUAUCGGUUGUGUGUAACGCUGGCGCGAUCGAGCCGGCGGGUGACAGCACUGGGUCACACAGGGGCGAGUUCCUGAGGUGGCGUUUCCAGGAGGGCAGAAUCCCGAGCAAACGAGACAAGAAAUCCCCGAAUGAUUCUAGUGGCGGAGUGUGUAAGACAGGCUGGUGAAGGUGUGUGUGAGUUACGUUGCUGAGCGGGGACUGAAGGGGAGUUGGCAGCAAGCGAUUUAGCUGUACUCGCCUGCUGCAAGGAUGGACAGCGAAGUGCAAAGGGACGGCAGAAUCCUGGAUUUGAUCGAUGACGCCUGGAGGGAAGAUAAAUUGCCGUACGAGGAUGUGGCGAUCCCUCUGAAUGAGCUUCCUGAACCAGAGCAAGACAACGGUGGCACAACCGAGUCUGUGAAAGAGCAAGAAAUGAAGUGGACAGAUUUGGCUCUCCAGUAUCUCCAUGAAAAUGUUCCACCCACGGGAAACUAGUGAAUCAGUGAGAUUUCAUGCAGUGGAUGCAUGAAUGCAAUAUAAAAACAAAUAUUUUUCAGCUAUUGCUUUCAUAAGCUUCUCUAAGGAGGAAACAUUGCUGAAAAAAGCUUGGAUUCAAACCAUGGUUCCACUCAGAGACCAAACACAAUUUAAAAUGCUUCUGUAACGAGUGUGAAAUAACAAUGACUAUCUGACAGCUCAGAGCUAAUAUCAGAAUGUUUCUUUUAUGUAAAAUUAUUUCAUAUCUUCUGUUAAAUUGUUCUGAAGUUGGUGCCAGUUCUGAUCUUAAAUGUUUCUGACAUGUGAUAAUAGUUUUUACCGUCUUGAGUUUUUCACUGAUUUCAAAGCUCGCGAUGGGAUCAUUUGUGACUCUGAAGGCUUGUGUCCCAAUAAGUAUUCCUGUGUGUUCUGUGCUUAGAGUUCAACGUGCAAAAACCAAAUAACCGCAAGUUGGUUGUUACCGUCUUUACCUAGCGUGUGUGGCUGGGGUGUGAAACACUGGCCAGCAGACUCCAAGAGCUGGAAGGAAUCUACACACCGGUGGUUAUUUGAACUGCUCACCUCAGGGGCUGAUGCUGGCGAUGGGCAGCAGUUCCAGUGCUGACAUCCUGGCUACGUUUGCCAACACGCGUACUCUAAACAGACAGUCUAUUUUAUGCUCAAAUGGUGGUUCCUCAGGAUCAUUGUCUUUUGAGGGAUGAUUGAGAGUGCCUGUUGAACCAAAUGCCUCUUGGAUGAGCUGGCUCAGAUGGGAAACGGAAAUUUGAGGAAAAGAAACAAGCGGGGCUUAGCUUCAGGCAGUAAAUUGUUACCGCUUUUUAUGCCGAGAAGAAAGGAAAGGCCCUCUUGAUUUCUUUAUCUCAUUUUAUCUGAUUCUCGAAUGUCUUUUGCAAUAGGUAAAAGCCUUCUGCUCAUCUAGCCUGUUUCACUCUUGGACCGAUUCCUUCGCACCAUUGGCAGAACUCGCUAAGGAGAAAAUAUUUUGACAGAGUUUGAGAUUACUGGUAGAGGUGAGAAAGGAACUGGAAGGAAAACAAUGUUUCAAGUCAUUUUUCUUUUGCCAGCGCAUCAGAAAAAGCACUUUCCUGGAGCCUACAGCUUCCAGACUUCACAGAUGUUUUUUUGGUGUCUUUUCUCAAUGUUUAUCCUCUUCAGAACAGCACAAACCAACUUUCGCCUGCGUGGCUACCAAAUGGAAUGACAGCACGGCACAUGUCCUGUGAGACUGUGGCUGCUGAGCUGCGUGAGGAUGGAAAGCUCAAGGUGGUUGUGAAAAAAGUAUCACGUGCAUUGUUGGGUGCGCUCCCGUCUGCACCAGACUGGCAGCACGCACUUGUCUGAACAAGAAGGACCUGCACAGAGUUAAGGAUUAACCCAAGAAUUAGCAGAAGUCAAAAAGCUUCAUACGUACAGCAUGGAACGAAGAAACAGCUGUGCAGCUGGGAACUGUAAUAGUUCAGCUCCUCAUUGGAUCAUCACCACGGGGAAAAAACAGCCUAUGCUUAAUGAAGUGCUUCUGAUCCUCCUCGUGUUCCUCUUCCCUGGCCUAUGUUAGAAGAAUUUGCUAAGAAAACAUGAGGCAAAGCUACCACACAGCUUCUAUCCAGCAGCCAUCCUCUUCCCUCUUUUCCUCCCUUCUCUCACCCUUUCACAAACUCCCCACCACCCUCAUCUUUCCAGUUUUGCCACUACAUCUUCCAGCUCGACUGACUCAAACUGGUACCUUCUUUUUGUCAUGACGUAGCGUUUGUGCGUCCUCCUCCUGCCUGAGGUCUCAUAGGUUAGAAGGAUGCAGGGCCACAGCGCUCAGGAUUGCUGAAGGGAUGUGGGGAACAUGAACGCUACCAAAUUAGGGCACUGCGAAAACAAGGGCUGGCCCUGCCCUGAUGCGUAUCGGACCUGCAGGGACGCCCACGUUCUUUGCUGCCUUCUGACAUCCUCUGCAAUCGUUUCCUUAGUUUCAACACGUGUAAAGUGCUGCUCACAGCAUGAUACCAAACCGUUCGUGUCUUUGAUUAGUCAUUCCCCAGGGCAAACUAUAUUUAAAAUACGGAAACGUGGUAGAAUAGGAGGUGCCCCACCUUUUUAAGAAAAAGCUUGAGUUGUAUAACUAGAGACUGGUCUUCAUUUCUCACCUGGUAACUUCCUCCUCUCACCACACCUACUGUUACCAGCAGAAAGGAGACAGCAAACUCUUGUCAGAGUGGACACACACCAAAGAAAUUGUGGGAUCCUUGAAAUAUUUUACCUGUACAAAUUCCAUGUGGAAGUCCAUAUGCUGAGGCUGUGUGUCGUGUUCAUCUGCCUUUUGUAUGGGGUGAAAACAGGUAAGAAAUCAACCAUUUGUUUUGAGCGUUUUUGUCAAGUAUAACAGGCUUUCUGUGCUUUGCAGAAACGUUAAUAUAUCUACCCUCCGCAUUAUAGAUACUGCACAGGGUUUUUCACUGGCAUUAUUUAUUUUGGCAAAGCAAAUUAUACUGGUUACAUGGAGUCAGCUCUACGAGUUCCAAAUGUAAAACCAGAAGUCAAUUUUAUUAUCUUUUCCUCACUUUGCAAACAUUUCUCUUAUAUAAAGUACUAUCCAUCGACACCAAAAAUGUAAUUUGAAAUCUUCAGAGAAGAAUGAUUUCUUUUCAGCGAUGUCUUGUAGGACAGACACGAAGGAUGAAUUACUGUUUAUGAACAAUAAGCUUCAUUUGAUAUCCUCACAGCCCCAUCAAGAAUCAACCUGUGUAACAAUAAACAAAUGUAUUGCCUUGUGUUAGCACACACACGGGAGCAAAUCAAGUCAUAGCUCUCUGCUUUGUAGGGAAAACAAACGAUUAAAAAAACAAAACAGUACUCUUACAAA